GCCCGAGUAUGCGAUGGAACAUCAGCUCAACUUCGCUGACCGAUGCCUCCGAGUCACGUAAACUGCUUCGUUGAUGGUGUUUAGCCGUGUGGGAUUCUGCUUGCAAUUGACCUGCCAAAGUAUCACCUCUCACUGCAGCAGCUGUGUGACUUUGCAGCGUUCAAGGACGAUUCGAGCUUGCCUGUGGAACUGCCAGAGAUGGGCUAGUAACGCCGUGAAUUCUCGCCUUUGGUGGGGAAUUCAUCGGCCAAGCAGUGCUGCCGCGAACCGUGCUGUGGAUCGUCGAGUUUGCGUGAAGACUCACAAAUUGCAGUCACACUCCCGCAAUUCCAGGGUGCGGAGAUGCCCCAGCUUCUCGAACUCUCGUGCGACAUCCGCCAUCGUCCGCCUUCCGCCAUCGUCCGCCUCCAGCAGGCUAGUUCAAUGCUUCAAAACCACGACCUCUUCAUGGAGUCUGCGUAUCUUCCUACGCCUGGUUUAAUGAGGUGACCUGUGUUGCAUACAACAAGAAUCAGGCUUGCGGUUGCAUUGAUUUCUUCUGCAAAUC